AUGGAAAGUUUGCAUAUAGAACCUGAAAUUGGAACUCUAAUAAAGGAAUUUAAGGAAAAGAUCAACAAUGUAUCAACAUCAGUAGUUCAUUAUUCUGUACCAACCAGCAAUAGUUUGAUCGUUAAUGGAUAUCUAACAGUUAAGGGAAAAGUUGUCGUUGAAAAUAUAAACGUUUCCAAUGUAUCUAUUAAAACAAUUAAUGGAAAACGGUGGACUCCUGAACGGUGGUUAAAAUAUAAAGAACCACAAACUAUUACAGGAGUUAGUAAAAUUACAUCUUUGACAACAAAUCACUUGGAAACUAAAAGAAGCGAUCCAAUAUUUACAGAUAUGCUAUUGACACGGGGAAAUCAGAGUUUUAUUGAAUCUAUUUUUAUUGAAAAUCUUACAGCUAAUGGUAUGAACGCCAAAACCAUUAACAGCGUGGAAAUCAGUAAUUUUUAUACAAAAAGUCGUCCUCAGAAAAUUAAAGGUAUCAAAACUUUUAAAAACCUACACGUUAUUGAAGCAAGAACAAAAUCAAUCAAUACAGAAACCCCAGACAGUAUUUUGUCUGCUGUAGCAAAAGAAGUUGAUUCUCCAAAUCAUUUCGAUUUUGAAAUAGAAACUGAAGAUUUAGAAGUAGAAACCAUCAAUGGCGUACCUUGGGAGAAAUUUAAAAAUUCAGUGUUUAGAACAUCUGUUGACAAGGAAAUUACAGGUCCUUUAAAUGUUACAUACAUCAAAGUUACGGACUUGAAUGUCACAAACAUUAACAAUAUUUCUGUGGACAGUCUUUUAACAGUAACAACCGAUCAAGUAAUUGAUGCAGAUAUUGCAAUCGAAGAAGUAAUUGUUGAAGGUGAUAUUCUUGCAGAAACAGUUAAUGGAAAAGACUUUACACCAGAUAACCUAUACUUUAUUAAGAAUGAUGAAGUGGUAACAGAUCCAGUAAGUUUAGCCAAUGUGAUAGUUCGAAAUAACUUAAAUCUUUCAGAAAAUUCAUUUGUGUCGUUGAUAACAAACAGUAGUGAGCGGUUAUUGGGUACAAAUGAAUCUGAUUUCAUGCAAAUAUACAAUAAUAAAGUUACUAUCAAUGGAGAUUUAAUUUUGAAUGUGCUGCAAAUCUUCCCGAACACUGAGUUGGUAGUUUCGGACGAGGUGAUAGAUCCACGUCUUAACAUAACGUAUUGGACCACAAACACAAUACAGGAAAUCCCAGUAAAGCCACAUAUUAAAUCAUUAAAUACCCCGCAUUUGAUUACGGAAUUAUUAAAUGGAGUCAAAAUUACGAAGUUUUUAUUAAACGAUAAUACCGAAAAGUUAGAGAGCGAUUUUUCCUUUUCUAACGUUACUAUUCUUGGAAACGUUAUACUUAGUGAAGCAGGCUCACAUAUUCCUGAUUUGAAUAAAAUCUCCAGUGAAGCUGUUAAGAGAAGUGGGAGGCAAACCAUACAUGGAAAAAAAAAUUACUUGGACACUCUUAGAAUCGAUAUUCUAGAAACUAAAAUGUUAGGGGAUAUUAAUGUUUCUGAUGUCAUAAAUACCAAAGCACUAAUAAAUGUUACAGGGAGAAAAACUAUCAAGGAUUUGAUAGUGGAAGGUGAUAUAAACUGCGAUUUGAAAAAUAUUAUAUCUAUAAAUGAUGUUUUAUUGGACAAUAUACGAGAAAAGUACGUUUUUAUUGAUCAAAAACAUAACUUUAGCAAUUUGGACUUCCAUAUCCUUAAUGUAACCAAUCUUACAAUAAAAAAUAUCAAUGGCCACAAUUUACACUUAUACUACUCACUUGGGGAAUUGUUAAAUAACACUGAUACAUUAGAUAUUUUAACCAUUAAUGGAAACGUUAGUAUUGACCACAUCAAGAAUAUUUCCUCACUGAAUGACAUUUCCUAUCAAGAUUUAUUAAAACAUGCACCACAUAUUGGACAACAUGGAUUUUUGGACAAAAUUAAAUUUUCUAAAGAAAUCAAGGUGAACAAUUUAAUCGCUUCCUUUAUUAAUGAUUUAGAUCUUGCGAAUAUCACCCAAAGAGUAUUGACUAGACACAGCAAACAGAAAAUUAGAGCACCAUUUACUUUUGAAAAUAUCAAGACAGGUAACCUGCUAACACCACAAAUUAACAACAUUACGGUCAAAAACAUAAUAAAUACACGCAGUAGAAUACUCCAAAUCUUGUAUGUACCGAACGGAACAGUAUUCUCUGAAGUGGUCCUUCCAUCUAUCAAUGCUUCCACAUUUACUCCUUGUAGUAUUGAAUUUAUAAAAAAAGAAUUAGCUGAUCCUCCAAGUCAAAAAUGGACCAAAGUUGAAAUAAAGGGAAACGUCACUCUGCUCGAUGAAAAAUCGAUUUUGUACCGAAUCUUCGAGAAGGCUGUAAACCUGGAUUCUCGCAAUGUUAUUCAUGCACCAGUUAAUAUUUCUGAAAGUGUGUUAUUAAAAAAUCUUAACACAAUAAAGCAUGUUAAUGGAACAAACAUCCAGGAUUUAUUGGAAGAUGCAGUGCUGUCAGAGUCAGAUGAACCACAGACAAUUACCGGCCAAAAAAGGUUCCUUAAUUUACGAACCAAGAGUGCUAUCGUAUUAGAUAAUAUAGAUGCGGCCGAAAUCAAUGACGAGGAUAUUUCUGCACUUAAUGAUGCCAUUGUAGAUAAGAAUGAAAAGGACGUACGGUUAGAGGAAUGAAGACAUUCUUUUCAGGUCUACAAACCAACAUAUUUCAUAGCAAACGUAUUUCAAAUACGAUUCCUGAAAAUAUAGUAAAUUUGGAUAAACCGGGAAUUAUCAAUGAAGCAAUAUUUGAUAGAUUAGCAGUAAAAAACAAUUUGAAUAUUAAGUUUUAUGAUAAACAUAACUUUCAAGAUGUAAUUCUCAAUCGAUUAGUUAUAGAUGGAGAAAAUUCUCAAACAGCUCAAGGAAUUUAUUACUUCGAUAAUGUGGAUAGUGAUAAUUUCAUUACACCGUUUAUUAAUAGUAUUCCAAUCGAUGACAUAGUUUUUGACCUAGGUUUCCAAAACAUAUCAGGAAAUAAACAUUUCGUUCGACCCAUUAUAUCUGGCAAUGUAUCCAUUGAUUUUAUAAAUGGUGCAAAUGUAACUGAUCGCUUUGAGAAUGCGAUACCACUUGAAGGACCCGUAAUUAGUCAUGGAAAUGUUACAAUUCUUGUACCGACUAGCAAUAAUGGUUCAAUUAAAGCAGAAUUUAUAAAUGGACAAUCUGUUUCACAAAUUAAAAAAGUAUUAUCUUCGAGUGAUAGGAGACUUGAGAUGGAAGAAAUUUUCAGCAUGAAAACUCAGUUAACAACAAUGGUCAAAAAGAUGAUGCCAUUAGUUAAAAAACUUCCAGAAGAAUUCAUGUAUUUAGAAAAGUCAGAUGCAUUGCAAGUAGAAAUGCCGAAUUCUCUUAGAGCUUCAAUAUUAUCUACUGAAGACGAGAUUGUAAUUCACAUUAAUGGAUUUGAAUUGGGCUCAUAUUGUGGAUUGCCAAACAAUUGCUCUUGUCCCGUGCAGUCUUCUGUAGUAAUAUCUCCUCACUCCUCGGUCAACGUGUUUUCCCAAUACAGGGGUCCCUAGAUUUUUCGGCUAUGAUGACGGAAACACCACAGUCAACUUCAUUACCAAUAGUGUCAGUACUAGUUCUCACUGUAGAAAAAGUCAAGCGGAAUUAAGGAAUGAAAUAUCAAUGAUGACCUGGACAACAAAGACUAGAGGAAACAAAAAAGGCUAUUUCUAUCAAUAUGAUACCUUUUUUACUGGUUAUAUAAGUAAAGUGGACUUUUUUACAUUAAAUGACAAAACUUAUGCGGUUAUUGGAAGAUACUAUGAUGCAGUUCUUGAUAGCUACGAUUUGAACUGUACGGUUAUUCAGAUUAAUGAAAACAAGACCCACGCUUUAGAGAUCCAAAAAAUACGCACCAAGGGGGUUGUAGAAGUGUACCUGAUGCAAACUGCACAAGGCGUGGUACUGGUUCUAGGAAAUCAAAUACCAAAUGACGCAAAUCAUGAAAAUGAAUUUACAAAUAUUUAUAGGUUCAAUCCAAAUACAGAACAGUUUAUAUAUAUGCGAACGAUACCGUCGCUUGGAUGUUCCACUGCCACUGGUAUAGUAUUGGGUGCGGAUAGUUUGAUAGCCCUAGCUCACACAGAAGCCCCAGUGCAAGUAUUAAAAUAUUAUCCUGAAUUUGAUAAUUAUUAUUUCUAUCAAAGUUUUCCAUUAGAGGACCAUGUUAUAGGAUUAUCAUCAUUUUACACAGAAGGAAUCGACAGAACUGAAGCUUUUCUAUGUAUAGUAACUUCAACUGAACGAUACUAUAUUUAUUCGUAUAGGUAUUUAGAAGGAUUCAAGCUUAAAUCUAGUGGUGUGAUAGAAGGGCUUACAAAUAUUAUUCCUUUGAACUAUAACAAGCAGCUUUAUCUCUUUGCAGGAUCAGCCAAAAGCAGUUCUUUAUUGACGGUUGUAAAAAGUGGAUCGAAUUAA